UGUGCCAUGCAAGAAUUGAACCUGUCAAAAACAAUCCACCUUUACCGGCACCGCGCUCCCAGCCAUUGCGAAGCCAUCAACACCAAAUCAAACUCGAUUGUUAUUUUUUCUGCUGUAAUUAGAAACAACAGAGAUAAAAGAAAAUAAAAAUCAGCAAGAGAAGAGGAGACCUGAAGGUCGAAGUCUUUUCCGCCGAUGAACAAAAUAAACACCCUUACUUCUAACGCUCUUUCUCUCUCUCCUUUCUACAAUAUAUCAUAAUUUUCAGCUUAUAAAGGAUAAAGAGAAAGCUGAAGACUUAAAUAAAAAGUGAUGAUAGUUGGCAAAUGAUAGAAGAGCCACAUGACUUAAGAAAAUACAAUACAAGAAGCUGCCUCUCUUUUUGCUGGUCAUGAGUUGUCUAUUUCUCUCCAAAAUCUCAAAUUGGUGGCUUUAUUGUCUUGUAGUUUAUGUUCCCAUGUCCUUAACAGAAGCUAUUGCCCAACUUCUAUUUCACUGACCUCUAUCAAUAGUCAACUAAACUCAGUAUCUUUGUCUGUAUUUCAGAUCACAACCCUCCAACCCUAAUCAGACAAUCUCAACUUUGACUUUCACUUGUAUCAAUCUUCUCUUUUACCAUUCAUUUUGAAACUAUUCUCUUCUUCUUCUUUUAUUAAUUAGGUUUAAAAACAUUGCUUGGAUUUUUCACUUUGUCCUAAUUGUUUUGGACUUAUUAUGGCCAACUACUCUAUUCUAAUACUAUAUCCAUAAUCAUCACAAACACUAUAUGCUAAUUACUUUUACUAUAUCUCCAAAAUUACCCUUUAAAAAUUUAUAUAAUUACGUAGCCAAAAUUGGGACAAAAAAUUUACAUAUUUAAAGGUAUUAAGUGGCAACAGCACACUUUAUAGAAAAGCACAAAGCAAAACCCUAUAUGUGCAUAUGUGUAUCUAAGUAGAUCAACUCAAUGAAAUAAAAAUCCCUCUUCCAAAUUUUCAUACUCAAACAAAACCAUUACAAAAAGAAAAGUUUCUUUCCAUUGCAAUUUCAUCUUAGCUCCACAAACAAAAUUUCAUAAACAGAGCCACCCAGGGGCCCAAUGUUUAAAAUGGGCUCAAUCUCGGCCCAAAAUGCCUGACACUUCCAAAAAUUGGGCUGCAUCCAAAUAAGGCCCAGUCAUGAAAACAUGGGCCCAAGAAACCAUAAACCACCAACAGCCGAAUCACAGAAGAGAAGAGCAAGCAAGUGAAAGCUGAAAAGCAAAUAGAAAAAGAUUUCGUGGGGAAGAAGCAACCGAACUCCAAAACCCAUAAUCCGAAAUCCAGAGAAUUGGGAGCAGAUAGGUAUUGAAACUUUUGAGUUUGGAGAGUUGAAUCAUCGACGAGAGGCAGGAAUGGAUGUGAUAAAGACGCAGCAAAUAUCGUCGAGACCGAUAGAGAAGGUAAUAGUGCACCCACUGGUUCUCCUGAGUAUCGUCGAUAACUACAACAGAGUCGCUAAGGAUACUCGCAAACGCGUUGUUGGUGUUUUGCUUGGUUCUUCUUUUAAAGGCGCCGUUGAUGUCACUAACAGCUAUGCAGUGCCCUUUGAAGAAGAUGAUAAGGACCCAAGCAUCUGGUUUCUUGACCACAAUUAUCACGAGUCUAUGUUUUCUAUGUUCAAAAGAAUAAAUGCCAGGGAGCAUGUGGUGGGUUGGUAUAGUACAGGUCCAAAACUGAGGGAAAAUGACCUGGAUAUUCAUGGACUUCUUAAUGAUUAUGUUUCAAAUCCUGUCUUGGUCAUAAUUGAUGUCCAACCAGUGGAGCUGGGAAUUCCCACAAAAACUUACUGUGCAGUCGAAGAGGAAAGAGAAAAUGCCACCCAGAAAAGCCAAAAGGUGUUUGUGCAUGUGCCGUCAGAAAUUGCUGCUCAUGAAGUUGAGGAAAUUGGAGUGGAACAUUUGCUAAGGGAUGUGAAGGACGCCUCUAUUAGCACCCUCGCAACUGAGGUGUCUGGGAAACUCACUGUUUUGAAAGGGUUGGAUGCUCGACUUAGAGAAAUACGCAGUUAUCUUGACCUUGUUAUGGAUGGAAAGCUACCACUAAACCAUGAGAUUUUGUACUAUUUACUGGUCUAAUUAUGAGUUUUCAGAGUUGUUAUAUUUCCUUUUUUUUGUGUCCUUGUGUGCACACAUGUACACAUAUAUAUUAUGCCUGAAGCUAUCCUUUCAAUCUCUAUUGGGAGAAGGGGAGAAAGGAAAUAAAGAAGAAAAUUUCAAAUA